AUGGCGGGACUGCGCCACGGACGGUGGGUGCUGCUGUUCGCAGGCCUUGGGGCAGUGUUGCCGGUGGCCGCUGUGUACUAUAGACUUGCUUGGCGCCGGGGGCCGCGUGGCACCGCGGGUGGACCCAGUGGUAGCAGCAGCAGCACUAUGGGCGCAUGCACUCGCGAUUCUGAGGAGGAGAAGGAUGCUGCCGCUCUUGGCGAUAAUGAGCGGCAAAAUUACCACGCUGCUCUUCGACAACUGAAGGAUAGGGCGAACAUGCAUUUUCAGUCUGGGCGUUUUGAAGAGGCGCUGGAGACGUACCAGGGCUGCCUUGAUGUGUGCGCUGCGCUGGGCGCCGCUGAUAAAGAGGCGGUGCAGGUCAAUCAGAUUGUGCGCUCAAACGUUGUGCUGGUGUUUCUGAAGCUGCAGAGACCGGAGGAGGCUCGGAUGGUGGCGACAUUCCUGCUGCAGGACGAGAUGACCCCUGUGGAGGGUGAGUUAAAAGUGAAGGUGCUGUAUCGUCGCGGCAAGGCGAGCCAAGAGCUUGGGGACCGAGAGUCAGCCCUGUGUGACUUCAGGGCGGCUAUUAUUUGUUCCCCCGACGGGAAGAAUCCUGCUGCAGAAAGGGAAAUUGAGGCUCUCUCACGUAAUUAA